AUGUUUUGGGAACAACCUUGUCUUUUCUCACACUCCUUGUUUUCUCGCCCCGCUGGUUCUGGGCGCUUGUUUUCGCUGGCAAUGGCGACGGUCCCCCACCUUAUAGUGGCGACGGGAGGAGACUGCAGCGCCCCUCUCGCAUGGUACGCCACUCUCUUUUUUCUUCUUUUUAUUGCCGCUCGCUUGUUUUCUCGCCCCGCUGGUUCUGGGCGCUUGUUUGCCCCGCUGGUUCUGGGCGCUUGUUUGCCCCGCUGGUUCUGGGAGCUUGUUUGCCCCGCUGGUUCUGGGCGCUUGUUUGCCCCGCUGGUUCUGGGUGCUUGUUUGCCCCGCUGGUUCUGGGCGCUUGUUUGCCCCGCUGGUUCUGGGCGCUUGUUUGCCCCGCUGGUUCUGGGCGCGAUGGCGACGGUCCCCCACCUAACAGCAACGGCAGGAGUGCCUUCAAGAGGCGACUGCUGUGCCCUUCACGCAUGCCAGGAGGAGACUGCAGCGCCCUUCACGGAUGUCGACUCGUGGGGCGAGGAGGGCGAGGGGGCAGCGCGCGGGGGGCAACAAGAGGCGUCCCUAUGCAUAAUCCCCCCCUUCCAUUCCCUUCAGCAUGGCGGGCAGCGCGGAAACGACACGGCGGGCAGCACGGACGGAGGUGAGGUGCUGCUUCAUCGCUGCAGCGAGCGCGGAGAUGUCACGGCGGGCGGCACGGACGGAGUCGACUCGUGGGGCGAGGAGGGCGAGGGGGCAGCGCGCGGGGGGCAGCAAGAGGCGUCCCUAUGCAUAAUCCCCCCCUUCCAUUCCCUUCAGCAUGGCGGGCAGCGCGGAGACGACACGGCGGCCGGCACGGACGGAGGGUCCAAGACCGAAGACCGCCUCCGACUGCGGCAUAGGUGUUGUGCGGCAGGGGUUGCUGACGGCGUUGGGACGGACGCCUCCCGCGCCUGA